UACCGGGCGCGCAGAAGCGAAUAUUGUCGCGGCGCCGGAAGUCCAAGGCACGUGACCGGGUGACAGCGCUCGCUGGGCUGCAGGGCUCGCUUUAGGUGUUGCGGCACGGGAUGGCGGAGGCGCCUCCUGUCUCAGGUACUUUUAAAUUGAAUACGGACGCUGCUGAGUUCAUUCCUCAGGAGAGAAAAAAUUCUGGUCUAAACUGUGGGGGUCAAAGGAGACUAGAUUCUAAUAAAAUUGGUAGAAGAAAUUAUAGUUCACCACCUCCCUGUCACCUUUCCAGGCAAGUCCCUUAUGAUGACAUCUCUGCUGUUCAUCACAGUUAUCUUUCAGGAAGCAAACCUAAGAGUCAACAGACUUCUUUCCAAUCCUCUGCUACUAAUAAAUCACUCAAGAACCAUGGCCUUCCAAAUCAACCUUGGCAGAAAUUGAGGAGUGAAAAGCAGCAUAUCAGAGUCAAGAGAACACAGGGUCUCACUGACCAGACCUCAGAUGCAGCUGGCUUAGAAAGUGUGGCCAAGUCAGAGAGUGGGACAAACCUCAGAGAGCACAGCCCUUCUGAGAAUGAGAAGGAAAUUGUCGGUGCAGAUCCCAGGGGAGCAAAACCCAAAAAGGCAACCCAGUUUGUAUACAGCUAUGGUAGAGGACCAAAAGUCAAGGGGAAACUCAAAAGUGAGUGGGGUCACAGAAUGACUCCCAAACCUGAGGAGGCGGGACCUGAAAACACCAAACCUGUGGGGGUUAUACACCCUGAUUCUUCAGAUGCAUCCUGUAGAAAAGGAGUAGUGGAUGGGUAUGGGGCCAGGCGCAGCGAGCAGAGAAGAUACCCACAGAAGAGGCCUCCCUGGGAAGUGGAGGGGGCCAGGCCACGACCAGGCAGGAAUCCACCAAAACAGGAGGGCCAACGGCAAACAAACGCAGGAUCCAGAAGCAACAUGGCCUCUGUUCCAAAGGAAAAUCUCAAUGAAAGACCAGCAAAAUCUGCCUGUGACAAUGGGAACUUGGCAGUUGCCAGCAAGUCUUCCAGAAGGGUUGACCCAGAGAAAUGUGCUGUAAGGAGGCAGGAUCCUCAGGUAGCAUCUUUCCCCCGAGGCAAACAGAACCACAUGCUAAAGAAUGUGGAAACACAUACAGGUUCUUUAAUUGAACAGCUAACCACAGAAAAAUAUGAGUGCAUGGUGUGCUGUGAAUUGGUUCGUGUCACAGCCCCAGUGUGGAGUUGUCAGAGCUGUUACCAUGUGUUUCAUUUGAACUGCAUAAAGAAAUGGGCAAGGUCUCCAGCGUCUCAAGCAGAUGGCCAGAGUGGUUGGAGGUGCCCUGCAUGUCAGAAUGUUUCUGCACAUGUUCCUAAUAACUAUACUUGUUUCUGUGGCAAGGUAAAGAAUCCUGAAUGGAGCAGAAAUGAAAUUCCACAUAGUUGUGGUGAGGUCUGUAGAAAGAAACAGCCUGGCCAGGACUGCCCACAUUCCUGUAACCUUCUCUGCCAUCCUGGACCUUGCCCACCCUGCCCUGCAUUUAUGACUAAAACAUGUGAAUGUGGACGGACCAGGCACACAGUUCGCUGUGGUCAGGCCAUCUCAGUCCACUGUUCUAACCCUUGUGAGAAUGUUUUGAAUUGUGGUCAGCACCACUGUGCUGAGCUGUGCCAUGGGGGUCCAUGCAAGCCUUGCCGGAUCAUAUUGAACCAAGUAUGCUACUGUGGCAGCACCUCCCGAGACGUGUUAUGUGGAACAGACGUAGGAAAGUCUGAUGGAUUUGGGGACUUCGGCUGUUUAAAGAUAUGUGGCAAGGACUUGAAAUGUGGGAACCACAUGUGUUCACAGGUGUGCCACCCUCAGCCCUGCCAGCCAUGCCCACGGCUCCCCCAGCUGGUGCGCUGUUGCCCUUGUGGGCAAACCCCUCUCAGCCAAUUGCUAGAACUUGGAAGUAGCAGUCGGAAAACAUGCAUGGAUCCUGUCCCUUCAUGUGGAAAAGUGUGCGGCAAGCCUCUGCCUUGUGGUUCCUUAGAUUUCAUUCAUACUUGUGAAAAGCUCUGCCAUGAAGGAGACUGUGGACCAUGCUCUCGCACAUCAGUUAUUUCCUGCAGAUGCUCUUUCAGAACAAAGGAGCUUCCGUGUACCAAUCUCAAAAGCGAAGCAGAUGCUACAUUUAUGUGUGACAAGAGGUGUAACAAGAAACGGUUAUGUGGACGGCAUAAAUGUAAUGAGAUAUGCUGUGUGGAUAAGGAGCACAAGUGUCCUUUGAUUUGUGGGAGGAAACUCCGCUGUGGCCUUCAUAGAUGUGAAGAACCUUGUCAUCGUGGGAACUGCCAAACAUGCUGGCAAGCUAGUUUUGAUGAAUUAACCUGCCACUGUGGCGCAUCAGUGAUCUACCCUCCAGUUCCCUGUGGUACCAGGCCCCCUGAGUGUACCCAGACCUGUGCCAGAGUCCAUGAAUGUGACCAUCCAGUGUAUCAUUCUUGUCAUAGUGAGGACAAGUGUCCCCCUUGUACUUUUCUAACUCAGAAAUGGUGCAUGGGCAAACAUGAGUUACGAAGCAACAUCCCUUGUCACCUGGUUGAUAUCUCUUGCGGAUUGCCCUGCAGUGCCACGCUACCGUGUGGGAUGCACAGGUGUCAGAGACUCUGUCACAAAGGAGAGUGUCUUGUGGAUGAGGUCUGCAAGCAGCCCUGCACCAUCUCCAGAGCUGACUGUGGCCACCCAUGUAUGGCACCUUGCCACCUCAGCUCACCCUGCCCUGUGACUGCUUGCAAAGCCAAGAUAGAGCUGCAGUGUGAAUGUGGACGAAGAAAAGAAAUCAUGAUUUGCUCUGAAGCAUCCAGUACUUAUCGAAGAAUAGCUGCUAUUUCCAUGGCCUCCAAAAUAACAGACAUGCAGCUUGGAGAUUCAGUGGAAAUCAGCAAGUUAAUUACUAAGAAGGAAAUUCACCAAGCCAGGCUGGAGUGUGAUGAGGAGUGUUCAGCCUUGGAAAGGAGAAAGCGGUUAGCAGAGGCAUUUCAUAUCAGUGAUGAUUCUGAUCCUUUCAACGUACGUUCUUCAGGGUCAAAAUUCAGUGACAGUUUGAAAGAAGAUGCUAGGAAGGACUUAAAGUUUGUCAGUGACAUUGAGAAGGAAAUGGAAGCCCUUGUGGAGGCCGUGAAUAAGGGAAAGAAUAGUAAGAAGAGCCACUGCUUCCCUCCCAUGAACAGAGACCACCGCCGGAUCAUCCACGACCUGGCCCAGGUGUACGGCCUGGAGAGCGUGAGCUAUGACAGUGAACCGAAGCGCAACGUCGUGGUCACUGCGGUCAGAGGGAAGUCUAUAUGUCCUCCUACCACGCUGACAGGUGUACUUGAAAAGGAGAUACAGUCACGGCCUCCACCACCGAUUCCUCAUCACAGACAUCAGACAGACAAGAAUCUUGGGAGCAGUAAUUUACAGAAAAUAGCCAAGGAGCCAGUAAUUGACUACUUUGAUGUCCAGGACUGAGGCGAUCAAGAUGCACUUAGAAAAAAGGAUGAUUAGGCCUGCAGCAGCCGUAUUGGCUUUCCCUGUCUCUGAGCUCUGGACCUCUGUUUGAAUAUUCAAAAAACCAUGUGGACAGUCCAGGGCUUAUGCCAGCAGCCCACUGGAGGCAUUCUUCAGGCUCCUUUUAAGGCAGGUACAUCAAUAGUUACAUUAGUUUGGCUCUCUGCAUUGGCACUUCUCCAGCAUGGAGGCCAGACUUCCAACAACUUCCUUCUGCUCCAGAGCAAGCCACAAGCCCCAGAGCAACAGAAGGAGAAUUGAGAAGUGACAUCACAAACCUGGCACUUAAUUUUACUAGGAAGAGCAGGGCUGCCCUUUGGUCCUGACCCAGAUGAUCUGCCUUGAAGGACAUGAUGUACAGCAAUGGGAACAGGUGACUGGAGGGCAGAGACAAAACCACCUCUAUCUGAGCCCGUUUAGUAGAGGGUCAGUGGCACCACACCCAACAGGAAGCUCAUGAGCAUCUGUUGCUUCUUUCAAGCAGUGAGUUCAGUGGGUGAACUGUACAUUGAGAGCAUCUCAAAAUCAGCAGGAAGCAGGAGACCUGAUCUCAGAUUCCAGCUCUGCCACGUAACAGCUUGCUGCUGCCUGGUGGAGUGGAGAUAUCACCUAACUCACCAGGGUUGUGAGGAUUAAAUGAGAUAACGUACAUGGAGGUGCCUGGUCUGUUAUAGGUGCUGAAAGUUUAGAGUAGCUGGAAAAUAUAUAGGCAUCUUCUUUCUACAUAAUGCCAGCCAAGUGAAAAAUUAGAAUGCUAAGCAGGCCACUUCUGGUGAAUACUUGCAUCCUACCCAUGCCAGCAUGUGCUAGGGCUGUGGGAAAUGGACAUGGCCUGUUCUUUUACAGUUAGUAAUCCAGUGGGGGACACAUACCUGAACAAAUAAAAUGAAAUUGUUUGGACUGGCACAAAUAGGUCAUUAGUCUGUUUAUUAAAAGCUGAAGGGCUAUACCAAGAUUUUUUUGUGGCAUGCUAGGAACGGAUUAGCCCUCAUGCUUAGGGGAAGGACCCCUGGAUGGGGAACAAAAACAGAAGGAAGCAUUUGAGCUGAGUCUUGAGAUGGUAGACUGCCAUUUGGAGGAGAGAGGCAUGCUGAGUAAAGGUAAAAGGCAUGAGACAAGCCCAGGGCUGUGGUUUGUGGGAGGUUUGAGGAAGGAUUAGUUGUCCAGAGUGGGCAGACAACUGGAGAGACAGUUGUUAAGCUGGAGAGGUAGACAGGGGUCAGUUUGUAGAGAGCCACAGGGAGCCACUGAAGGAUCCUAAGCAGAGAGCAGCAUGGCUGGAUUGAUGACCUAGGACAGGAGUUGGCAAAGGUUUUCUGUAAAGGGCCAGAUACUUUAGACUUUAUGUUGUGGCUACCCAACUCUGCCACCGUCGUGUGAACACAGCCCCAGACAGUACAUGAGGGGAUGAGCAUGACUCUGUUGUAAUAACAUUUUAUAGACACCAAAUCGGAAUUUCAUAGAAUUUUUACAUGUCUCAAAAUAAUAAUUUUAUUUUUUCCAA